AUGACGAAGUGGACUCACUUGAUUCGUUUCAGGGCCGUUGAAGAUGGCCAAGUUCACCUCGGGCAGUUAAUUGAUACUUCACGAGAUGUUGGAAUCGACUGCGCGAAUGGUGUUGAGGUCAAAGCCUUCUUGAUUAAUGGAGACAUAUUCAACGGCAUAGUGACCGAUCAUGUGCUUACCGUAGACCACUUACUCUCCCCAGUCAGCCGAGAGCAGUGUAACUACAUUAGGUGCCUCGGACUCAACUACAAAGAUCACGCUGAGGAAGGAGGUUUCCCGAUUCCUGGCGAACUUGAGGUCUUCACAAAGCCUCGAGCGGCGCUCACAGGCCCAUUUCCUGCAGCCGUUACCAUUCCAAAAUGCGCCCAAGAUGGAACAAGCGACUAUGAAGCCGAGCUCUGUGUUAUAAUUGGCAAAACUGGUCGAGAUAUUCCUGAGGACAGAGCUCUGGAGUACAUCCUUGGAUACACUGCGUCAAACGAUGUUUCGGCCAGAACCCUCCAGUUGGCGGCUAAACAGUGGUCGUUCUCAAAGGGGCUUGACAACAGUUGCCCGAUAGGUCUUGCAGGCCCGGUGCUUGUUUCUCCCUCGGUCAUUGAUGACCCACAGUCCCUCUCCAUUAAGGCCAUUUACAACGGUCAGACGGUGCAGGACGGCAACACGAAGGACAUGAUUUUUUCUGUCAGGAAGCAAAUUUCUGACCUUUCUAGAGGAACAACAUUGGAAGCAGGAUCAAUCAUACUGACUGGCACGCCGGCUGGUAUUGGGUAUUUUCGAAAGCCACGUGUGAGCUUGCAGGAUGGAGGCAGAAUUGAGAUACAGAUUGAAAAGAUUGGAACGCUGGUGAACAAGGUGAAAUACGACAUUAUAUAG